UGUUUCGUUUCCAAUUCCAUUUUUUCAAUACCAAUUCUUAUUCUCAAGAGUCUAGAGAGAGAGAGAGAGAGAGAGAGAGAGAGAGAGAUACAGAGAGACAGAGAAAGAGAGACACACGGUCGCCGCUAUUGUUUAUGUUUGGUUUUGAACAUCAGCAGCAACAAAACAUAGUCUCCUCAACUCUUCAUAUUUUUUUUCCAAGAUUAUAAUUAGGAGUAGCAUUGCUUCUGAAUUAAGCCUUGGUGGAGUAUAUUGAUUUUGAAGUUUGUAGAGUGGUGAUUUAAUGAGAGUAUGAGUGGCACCAUCAAUAACACAAUUAAUUCAAUCGAAUGCUGUGAAGCUGGUAUGCAGAAGAAAACUGUUUUUCAAGGAUCUGGUCCUAUCUUGAAGAAGACGAAACUAUCGAUAUCGGCACAUCAAGUUAAAGAUAAUAAUGAAGCGUCGGAAUGCCAAGACAAAUUUGAUGAUAUGCCUGAUUGCCUCAUACUUCAUAUUUUGUCGUUUAUGGAAACCAAGGAAGCCGUUCGAACUUGUGUUUUGUCGAAAAGGUGGAGAAAUCUUUGGACUUCAAUUCUGUGCCUAAAUUUCAACAGUAAAUCGUUCCAUCGGUUGGCUGAUUUCAAAAAAUUUGUUCUGUGGGUCCUUUCCCGUCGAGAUUCGUCUCUUGUCAAAGUUCUUACGUACUGCCGCGCUAGUGUAGAUUAUGCUACAGAUCAAAAUCUAUUUAACAAGGUCAUUGAUCAUGCAACAUCCCAUGGCAUCGAAGAAAUCAGAAUCAAUCUUCGGGCGAAAAUCUGUGGCAGCCCACCCGUCGACAUACCUUUGUCAUUGUUUAACUGCCAAUCCUUGAAAAGGCUCGAGUUAAAAAAUUGCCAUCCUACAAAUGUCUCGUUGCCUUUAACUUGCGAACCGAUGAAGAAGUUGUUGCAUUUGGAACAUUUUACGGUCGAUCCUGAUAGAGCUGAAUUUUCAAAUUCAUUUGCCUGUUUAGCAAAUCUUUUCGGUUUUACAACAUUGACAACUUUGAGUCUCAGCAACAUGACACUGAGUUGUACAGGAAUUGACUCUCUGAAUCCAUUUGUAAACUGUGUCAAUUUAAAGAAUCUGCACUUGAGUAAAAUGAGCUUUAAGUCGGAAUUAGUACCUAAGGAUUUUGUGAUAUCAGCUCCGCGACUCAAUCACUUGACUCUAACGUGCAACCGUUUUAAAUGUAAAAUUGUUGUUGCUGCACCACAGCUUAUCAAUUUCAGCUACUUAUAUUUUAGUCCUUGUGCCUUCUUUGAGUUUAGCAUUCCUUCUUUGGAUGACUUAACCUUUGAUAUCCGCGAACCAAAUAAUCAAUCUGAAGAACCUCAUCAGAGGCGGGGACAAAUGACUUCACAUGGUUCGAUCAAUAUGAUUCGGGGGCAUCAUGAUACCAAACUAUCUUUCUCUACAGCUGAGGUUACCUGUGGGAUUGCUGUCAUGCCAGAGAAAGAAGAACGUUCAUCGAUUAGUAAAUGGAAGUCACUGAACUUACAUGCUGGAUCAACAUACAAAAUAUUCAUUAACAACCUUGACCAUAUAACUGCAUAUUUCCGGCGUUUCUCUCAGAAUGAAGACUUUGAGAUUGUGACUGUUUAGAAGAUGAAGAAUAUUCUGCGGAGGAGAUUUGGCUUAUGCUUAGGUGAAAGUUUUAACCCAACACUUUUCCUUACACAAGUUGAGCAAGGACAAGAGCUUGGUUAUAUUUUGCAUGAGAAAGUAUUUGGAUAUACGCCUAUAUUUGGCAAUUAUAGAAAUUAGAUCACAAUGAAAUAUAAAUUUUUAUACUUUUUGCCAAAACAUUACUGGCUACUUUUUUAUUUAUCAAAUUUAUUUUAUUUUGCAAAAAUUUGUGGAGCAAAGGAGUUUAACUAUUAUAUACAGACAAUGUAAGUCGAUUCUUUUUACAAUUUUUU